AUGACGGAGAACGUUACAAACGAUGCCGAACGGCAUAUUACCACUUUAAAUCAACAGGAAAACCAACAAAUUGCGGCUGUUUUAGUAGUAGGAUUUCACCAUGCGUUUGGCCCUAUUGUUGAGUUCUGUAUACCACCAUUACCUCAGCAUGAACAUCAUAGCGAAGAUCAGCCACAAAAGACCUUGGAAAAGUUGGAAUUACCUGAAGAGUGGAGUUUCUUACCGUUCCUUGCUUUGCCAGAUGGAGCCCAUCAGAAAGACGAAGAUUUUGCUUAUUUUCACUUACCACCUGUUCCUGGUUGGUCAGUAGCAGAAACUACAUUAUUCGGUAUAUCGUGCAAUCGGCAGAUUCCUGCUAGCGAUUUGGAAGUAAAAACGCCAGACAUUACGAGAUCAAUUGUACAAAAAGCAGUAGUCGUUCUAGCCAAACAGCCUAUUUUUGGACCUUUACGGCAAAAACUAGCAGUUAUUACAGCAGGAUGGUUCAAUCAAAGGAAUUUUACAAAACUCGAUAUGCUCUAUGUACUGUAA